AUGGCAUCAGAACUACGGCUCGAGGGUGGAUGUCUCUGCGAAUCCGUCCGCUACAAGAUCACCUUUCCAGCGCACCACGAUCUUGCCAACGAUACUCUGGGGUGUAUCUGUCAGUGCACCCAAUGUCGCAAGCAAACAGGCAGCUUCUUCCUGGCUACGUUGACGGUCCCUAUCUCGGCCAUUGAGUGGCAAGGCGACUCUGAGAACAGAAUCAAGAGAUACAAGAAGACGGAGACAAUCUCCCGAGGCUUCUGCGACACGUGCGGGUCGUUUCUCUUUUGGCACCCCGAUGGAGAGGACAUAAGCAUCGCUACUGGAAGCCUUGACCCCGCUUAUCUCAUUGGUGAAGGCGGCACGGGUGGUCGUGUUCCUGCGGAGGGUCACGCAAAUCAGAUAUUCGGCGGUUGGUUCAACGUCGAGUUUUGUGAGAGUGAGAUCAAGGGUGUUACGGACGACAUGCCGAUUCUUCACAAGGGAAAGCGAUGUCAAGGCGACAGUUCCAAGGCCUCAUCGGACAAUUAG